AGUCUCCUGUCCUUUCCAAACUGAAAGUGAUGGGAAACAGAAUACCCCACGCGGGCUAUUAAAGUUUGGACGUCUACUCAAGGCUAGUCAUUCAAAGUAAAUAGUACGUAGAUGUCAUGAUACCUGUUGCCGUUAAGUCAAGUGUAUUGUAUCUCAGGAUUCCAGUCAUUUAGUGAGCUGUUGCUUUAUGUGGUCAUUGGUCGUUUCCUUAACUGUGACCGAACAAAUUUAGUCCCAAUUGGUCGAUUAAUCGACCAAUAUAAAGGGGAAAUAGAGGGGGACAAAGAGAAAUAAAGAGGAAGUAAGCGUAAAUAGGGAGAAAAUGUAAAUUUUCCCUCCUAUGUCCUGCAGCAACUCAUGUUACUGCAUAUCGACAUGAAAUCCAUAAGUUAUAGUCUCGCCAGAUAGUUAACUAUCUCAAUUGAGAUCAUUGUCUGAAAAUUACUUAAAGUAACAUCUUAUCAUAUAUCCUGAAAACUCACUAAGUAGACUGAGGGAAGUUCUGCUUGGUAGAAACUAAUUUGUGGACUAAUCGGUGAAAUUAAGGAUAACAAGUGUUGGAUUCUGGUGCAAAAUUCGUCCAUUCAUACUGUAGCGCAUCAACUUUUCUGCUUCUAGUUUGAUUCCAGGAAUGUCUUAAUCCGUAUCCAGUGUUAUUGCUGAUUAUUGAAUAUUGCUUUCCACGAUAAGUGUAUGUGAAUUCUGUACGCUUGUUGGGUAGUCGACCCACCUUUUGUUCUCUUUUUCUAUGCCACUCACGCUGCUCUGCACGUUUGUUGUGUGCGAAAAGUACCUUUUGGCUAGAAAGCCGCUAAAUUACGGUUAAAUAGUAUCUUGGCAUCAUAGCUUAUGUCAUUUCUUGAUGAGAACUUCUGCUUAUAUUUCUAACUCAAAAUUGUAAUCAUAGUUCCACCUUUAAACUUCUAUACAUAUUGUACUUUAGCUUGUAGACAACAGUUUUAAUAAUUUGCAUGAUUUUUCUUGGUCUGAAUGGUUCGAAUCUCAUAACACUCCAGUACACUUGGAAUAAAACUAUACUGUAAGGAAACCUACAUCAAUCUACGGUUUAUUUAGUUGAACAGAUACUAUGAACACAAGAAACCGCUAUGGCCGCUACUGUAUUAGCAGACAAAUGAAAUACUAGGAGUCUGGUCAUAUGGAUACUGUUGAGAGGUUGCUUCCUCAAGAAAGUGUAUGUCACCAAAUUAGAAGUCCUUGUGAAGCAAAGAUAUCAUAUAUCUUAAGUACUCUUGUUGAUGAGCUAGUAAAGAUAUUCGAGAAGUCUGUUUAUAUGAUUAUUUGCCGUUGAUGACGUUACAAAUGGAGUACCUUUUUAUGAAGCCAAAGCCAUACCACUGUUUUCUGACAAAAAUGGUUUCUCACUCCGUUUAAGCGUCUUUAGUAGACUGAGUUUAGUACAUUUUCGCUCGUUCAGUUUCUCUCCACAUCUAAGAAACCUUUCUAGAAGAAUUCUUUACAGCCUUUUCUGUCAUGGAUAGCUCUUUAUUUCAUUUAUUUUCAUUUAUUUGAACAUAAAUAUUGGUACAAAGGGGCACCGAAUACAUAUGCGCCACACAACUCACUUGAUUUGUGUGUAGGCUGUGAUACUGUCCGGGUGCCCAGACUGAAGCAGGUGGUUUUCUUAGGAGGCCACACCUGGAGCGUCAGACCUAAAAGUUCGAUCCACAAGGCAGUGGAGCAACGUCAGGAGAUGCAGUCCUAUGGUAGUCGGUGACCAAGAAUAGGUUCAUACGCCAUUUGUUCCCCCAGGAUCCUGGAGUCCAUGAUUUGGAAUCAGGGUCUUCCAACUCCCCUUAAUGAACCUUCCGUGUACAUCAACCCGAUUCAAGCGCCGAACUUUCUCUUUUUGUCCUCUCUAUUUUGUAAACAUCACCCCCACCGCGAGAGGGCAGUGAGUAGGACUUCCCUGAUAGUGGUUGUAUGCAAGUGGCCAUGUGGGAGCUUUUCGAGAGUUGACCCAGAUGUUGCUUAGGAAGAUAUACAAACAGCUGUGAGCAGUGACAUCUAUUAGUGACGUAAACCAAAGGGUCACAUAAUACCGAUGGAUUUCUUCUAAGUCUAUUGCACUGAUGAGUUCAUGUAAACUCAUACCAUCAGGCUUUGAAUACGAUAAAGAGCGAGAGCGAAUCAGAUCUAGGUUAACCAAAAGUUUAAGGAACAACCGUGAGCAGUAGUGAGCAAUGGAAACAAAAGAGAUAGAAAAGGCGGCGACUGUAAGUAACACAAUACAGCUCUUCAGACUAACAAAAGAAACUGGGAAUAAGAAGUCAGAUGUAAGGGACAAUCUCGGAAAAAGACGACACUUAUCUGUUCUUAGCCCAGAUGUUUAGAACGAUGAGCGGGACACUUUAGAGAACAGUUUAGCUGGCCUUAAGCUACUCUAUAACUACCACGAUUCUCAAACAGCCUAAAUGGAACAAUGAAGUAGGUCCCCUAAUCUAGUUGAAGUUCAAAAGGCUAUAGUUAAUCUGAAACAAGGAAGAGCAGCUGGUCCAGGUGGAUUAGCUCCAGAGGUCUUUAAGUAUGGUGGUCCAAUUUUAGCGACUAGGUUGAAUAAUAUUUUAGCUAAAAUCUAGGAGUUGAACGUCAUCCCAUCUGACUGGUCACAAUCACCGAUUGUCCCAAUGUAUAAGAAGGGGUCAAAGUUGUCAUGUGAUAAUCAUCGGGGGAUUAGUUUGAUUAACAUAGUAUCUAAAGUCCUAACCUCAAUAAUUAUUGGGCGCCUAAGACCCAUGAACUGCAAACAUGAGAAAAUCAGACUGGCUUUAGGCCUGGUCGUGGCUGUAUCGACCACACAUUCACCAUUUGUCAGGUUUUAGAACACAGGCAUGCUUAUCGGCGUUCAACAAUGAUGGUCUUUUUUUUACUUCAAAGCAGUAUUUGACUCCGUAGAUCGAGAGGUUCUAUGACAGUGUCUGUCAUUGCAAGCUUAACCUCAGAAGUACAUAAACCUUUUGAAGUCUCUUUACUUGAACACCACCGGUCGAGUCGGAGCUUAUGACGAACUGUCAUCUGAUUUUGCAACCUCAAGUGGUGUCCGGCAAGGCUGUCAGUUAUGUCCAUUUUCGUUUAACUUCAUCAUAGACAUACUGCUGGAAAUAACGUUUUCGUCGACUGAAUUUUCGGGCAUUGAUCUCCUUCCAGGAGGUCCACUUAUGAACUUAGAAUACGCAGAUGACAUAGUCUUGUUUGAUAAAGACGCUGAUAAAAUGCAGUCUUUUGGUCGCACUGAGCAACAAUGCCAGGAUCUUUAGGAUGCGUUUCCCCCUCUCUAAAUGCAAGUUGUUGUUUCAGGACUGAUCUGCGUCAACACCUGAACUAAGGAUAGGGAGUGAAGUAGUCUGAUCAGCCCUAAUGGGUUGGUGUCUGACGAAACCUCAACACGGAUUCAGAACGCUCGUUUGGCUUUUGCCGACUUGCGUCACCUAUGGCGAAGGCGAGAUAUCCGUUUAUUAAUUGAGGGACGAAUAUACUGUAUAGUAGUUCGUUCUGUUCUACUUUAUGGCUGCGAAAUGUGGCCACUAAGAGUAGAAGAUACUCGUAAGUUGCUAGCAUUUGAUCAACGAUGUCUUAAAAAUAUCGCUCGUAUCUGCUGGGAUCGCCGGGUAAGUAAUAGUGAGGUUAGACGUAGGGUAUUGAGGAAUGGUGGUAAAUCAGUUGAUGAGGUUGUGAAUCUUCAUUGACUGAGGUGGUUGGGUCACGUGUCACGUAUGCCUGAACAUCGAUUACCACUACGUGCAAUGCUGAUUAGUGUUGGCGAUGAUUGGUAGAGAGUUAGGGGGUGGCCAAACCAAAACCUGGUAUCAGUGCUUGAAGUCACUAACUCCUAGUCUGAUCUAUGUUGGUAGAUGUAGACCACUUGGUUGGGGUCCGCGUAACCAUCGUAACCAAUGGUCAGAGUGACAUGGCUCAGAAUCGAUCACUAUAGAGCAAAUGUAUACAUUCUUUGUUUUCCCUUAAACGAUGACAUUAAAAUUGCUUAAUAUUUUUCUACCAACCAAGUCUUCCUUCCUGUGCUAUAUCUUUAUAUGCAAUCCUUCUUUUAUAUAUUACCACCAUUGAAUUAACUACUUCUAUGCAUUCGGUGUUCAUCUUAUUGUGCUAAUGAGGUGUGGCAACUUGGACCGAUGCAUAUAUCUGCCUAGUCCUACGUUGUAGCUGACUUACCAACUGAUUUCGAGAGGAAGAGCUGACUGUCCCCACCCUCGGCCGUACCGGGGCAUUUGGGGGCAAUAGUAUGUACUACAACUAAUGUUGAAGUGUUUAUAUAUGUACAGUUUGUAUCAACUUCUUAAAUUCCCAGUUUUUAUUUGUUUUUACUUUUCCAGAUAUUUAACAACUUUUGGUCAUACCGUACACUCAACUAAUGAUUAGCUAUGGAUUUUUCCCAGCUUGAUAAAGUUCGAUCUUUAAUUGAAGUGGACCAUUGUUACACAUCUUCAAGUAAAAGUAAUUGUGAUAGUGAUAACGAAAUAUUCAACUUGUCACCUUACCAUUCAAAGUAAAUUAUUGCUAUUCUCUUUUUAAAUCUUGAUAGUCUUGAAGUAGAAGAAAGUUGCUUAGAUGUUGGUGGGCCUGCUCCUAGAUGUUCAUUUGAAGAGGGAAGAGUUCAUCAAAAUCUAUCAUUCACUAAUUGUUCGUCUGUGCCUGAGUUAUGCCAAAGGUUUCCUACAAAACAACCCAAAGGUUGCCUUAGUUAAUAAUUCUUAUUGCUCAAAAACGUUAUAGAUGAUAACCAUACGUGGGUUUUGUGUGAAAGAAGGCAUUUGAAUCAGAUUUUAUCAUCUCUGAGAAAAGUUUUGAGAAAUGAAUACUUUUACUGCUCUCAAGUUCGCAUUUAUUAUGUUAUUUGCUUUAUUAAUCUCAGUUUCAUGAUAUUAAACGCCUGAAUGUAUACAAGGAACUUAGUCUUCAUCGUGCUGCUAAUACUCUGAGAAGAAUAUUCGCUGACCUUUUUUGGCACAUAGAGAAAUGUCACAGCAUUCACCUAUGGUGUGUGAAAAAUCUUUCAGAAACUCUGUUACCAAUUUAUCGUUCAGUUUUUUGCAUAUUAUGGAGAAAAAAUAAGGUUAAUCCAUUAUUGAAAGUGCUCAAUACGACUCUGCAAGAACGCUAUGUGGAUGAUGUAAUAGUUAAUCGAUUCUUAUCUGACUUCAGAUCAUCUGUCGAUGAUGAAUGCAACGACGGUGUAAAAAAAACUUUGAUGCAGUCUUCUUCACGAUCCAUCAUUACAAAGAAUAUACCUACUCAGAUAUCUUUAAAUCGUUCAACAAUUGGCGAUGGAAUAGUUCUAGCAUGUAUGACUUUUCCGGGAUCUCGUGACAGUAAACGAUUACAAAAAUUAAUCAGUUUACUCGGUGAAAUUGGACAAAUUAAUUUAGAAGAUCAUGAAGAACAAAUAUGUGAUAGUAUGAGACUUCGAUUACGAUUAUUUGUCCGACGUGUUAUUAAUUUGCUUGAUGAAUACAAGAAUGAAUCUAUUUAUCUAGUUAGCUUCGGUGUUGGUUCGUUACUUAUGUUAUUAUCUGUUAUACAUAUACUCUCGUUGAAUAAUUCUCGUUCAGAAAAUAAUUAUACUAAUCGAAUAAGUAUAAAUGGAAUUAUUUGUGUUGGUUUACCAUUAAUUGGUUUAAGAGGUAAACGAGGUGAAUUGAAUGAUCCACUCCUAUCGAUACCAGCUUUACCAAUAUUAUUUAUUAUAGGCGCUAGAAGUCGACUUGGUGGUUAUAAAGAAGCAGUUGAAUUUCGAAAGAGAUUAUUCAAUGCUAGACAAAGACAACGUCCACUAACUUCUCGAAUCGAUAAUAAUGACAAUGAUAAUUUAAUUCAUAUGAAUUAUACUAACCAAUUUCGACACAAAAUCAAUGGAUCAUCUAGCAUCACUGCUACUAAUACUACUACUGUUGUUCAUGAUGAUAAUAAUGAAUUGAAUUCGAUCUCACCAACUUUUGAUUUAUUAGUUAUUGGAGGUGCCGACCAUUUACUUCGAAUGCAACCGUCUGCAUGUAGACGUUGGUGUACUACACAAAGUAUGGUAGAUAUUAGAAUGAUGAAUGCUAUCAAAAAGUUUAUUUGUAAAACUAGAAUACAACCAUUUGGAUAGUUAUCCAUGGACUUUAUAUUAUCCCCAUUAACUCCCAGUGGUAAGAGGUGAUCAUGACUUGAUAUUAUGUUGACAACAAUAACACAUUCAUAAGCAUUAAAUCCAGAUUUUUGUUUUUACGCUACAUUGGUAAGAAUAUAAUACAAUUCAACAAUUUCUUUUGAAUAUCAUCAGAGAGCGGAAAUAAUGUAUAACCAUAUACAAAAGUUUACAUCGUUUUGAUUAGUAUCAACAUGAUACAUGCUAUCGUUCAUAUUUUUUCAAGAAAAAAACAACCUCUGAAAUAAUUGGAUUCAAAUGGAAUAGAGAAUUACUUAAGAUAUGAUUUUUAGUAGAUGAGAAAUAAACACUAAGGUGUAUAAUAUUAAUAUUUUUGUAUUUCGAGUUAUUUACAUUGUG